AUGUCCGCGCCCCUCCGCAAAAUCGCACUCCUCGGCGCAUCAGGCCACCUCGGCACCCACCUGCUCGCCGCCCUCGAAGCAGACCCCUCAUUCGACAUCACAGUCAUCACGCGUGCGAGCUCGACUUUCGAAUUCCCAAUUGAUGUGAAGGUGGUCAGGGUUAGCGACGACUAUCCUCAGCAGGAACUUGUGCGCGCGUUCAAAGGGCACGACGCCGUUAUAUUGGCGCUUAACACCGGCGCUGAGAAAUAUCACAACGUGAUGGUCGAUGCGUGUAUUAAGGCUGGGGUGCGGCGGUUGAUUCCCAGCGUCUUCGGCGGCCGCCACACGCCCGCCGUGCAGUCCGUUUUCCCCGUUGCGAAGGCCAAAGCGGAUAUCCUAUCCUACGUCGAGGCGUGUGCUGCUCAGCAAGGGGAAUGGACUUACACCGCGCUCUCCACGGGGCCGUUCCACGAGCUGUGCGUGGGGGCUGGGAUGUACGACAUUGACGCUGGAUCAAAGACGGCGACGCUCUGGGAUGGCGGGGACGCGAGGUUCAGCGUUAGUACGUACGGGACUAUUGCUCAGGCUGUCUUGCAGAUCCUCCGCAUGCCAGGGGUAACGAAAAACGAGACCGUGUAUGUGUCCAGCUUUGAAACGUCGCAAAAGGAGUUGCUGGGUAUUUAUCAGGACGGCACCGGCGGCGCGGAGGGGUGGACUGUCGAAUACGAGGACUGCGAGGAGGGCAUCAAAGAGGCGCAAGAUAUGUACUGCACGGCGGAGGACGGGAUGACUAGGAUGAAGGCGGUGGGCAGGCUGGCGCUGCUUAGUACGGUAAUGAAGGGUGCAGGGGGGGAUUUCGAAGCCGAGGGGUUGAGUUGGAAUGGGAGACUGGGGCUGGAAGGAGAGGAUGUGGUGAUUGUUACGAGGAUGGUUUUGGGGAUUAUGGUGCAGCAGGAGCUCACCGAGCAGCAAUUGGCUUUUAUUGCCGACCGUGGCCGGGUGUGGCAGGUGAGGCGCUUCUGCCAGGUUUUGCCUUCUGUGGUCGAGUACGAGCGCGGGGAUGAGACUGCGCAUGGAACGUACUCUGGCUCUGAGCCGAAUGGUGCGCUGGCUGCUCUGCUGCGCUGUGUCAUCUAUCGGCUGGGUGCUGAUUUGGCCAUGGUCAGCUUGCUAGACGACCACAACCAAUAUUUUGUCUCUGGGGCAAGUCGCCACAAUAUACAAGAUGUAAAGCUUACCUUAGAUUCAACGCGAUGGUAUGGUUGCGAAUCGGUCGCGCACCAUGGUGGCUUGUGUGAACGUACCAUCACCCAGCAAGAUUACCCCGGAAACAUGGCCUUUUACGAAGAGCUCGACAUGGCUCACACCGAGAGAACCCAGAACCUUCCUUUCGUUAAAGGCGACAUCGCCAACUUUCGACAUUAUGCUGGUGUUCCGUUGAAUCCUUAUGGUGGCCCAAAUAUCGGUACAGUCUUCUUCUUCAGCGAAAAGCCAUCCGAGACCAGUCUCUCUGUUGGCAUCCGAUCCUACUUGGCUGAGACAGCCACUCAUAUCACGAGGCACCUCGAACAAGCUGUUGAAGCGUUGGAGGGCAAGAGAGCGUUACGAUUUAACCGUGGAGUCGCUUCGUUGUUGACCAUAAGCUCCGCCCAUCCCAAUUCUGGCUCUCAAGGCUCCUUUCUGGACACCCAAUGCGGACGGCAGCAUUUAGUAUCGAAUCUCUACACGGACGGUGCCUUAUACGUAUAUAAUCUGGCUGCGACCCUCCUUUGCGACAUAUUCGAAUUUGAUGGUGUCAGAAUUCAAGAAGUAGGAGUGGCGCGAAACAUUGUCAACAUCGAUGCAAACUGGAACGGAUCCAAGAUCAUAGCGCAGCAUCUCCAGCCAAUUGCACAAAAGCCAGGAGAUCUUCCCGAAGCACUGGUGGAACGGCUUUUGGAGCUGUUUCCACAGGGUGCUGUUUUCCAUAUCGCCGCAGAGUCAAGCGAAGUCAUCGCCGCAACGGUCGUGCAAGACGCGGCUGUCCUUGUCAACGAUGUCGUGUUUACGGAAUUAUCCAAGGCCUUUCCAAAUGUCGAGCAAAUGAUUCUGAUGCCGCUAUGGGAGGCUCAUCACGAACGCACCGUUGGUGCGGUCUUGGGCUUUGCUAAUCGUCAGUCAAACGUGUAUCUCAGCACCACUGAUCUAUCCUCAAUGUCUGCGUUCUGCACAACGACCAUGACACAAGUACGGCGCCUCGAGGUGCAAGCCAUAGAUCAAAUCAAGUCAGACUUCCUCGGUUCGGUAUCCCACGAGAUGCGGACACCGCUCCAUGGUAUCUUGUCAAGUCUUGAGCUCUUAGCCGAUACCCCCUACAACGAGUAUCAGCGCGACUUGCUUAAGAUGGCGCAGUACAGCGGUUCAUCGUUGCUCGAAACCAUUGACCGUGUCUUAUAUUUUAGCGGAGUUAGCUCCGAAGUGCAGCUGCCAGCAGAACGCUCCGUCAAACGAUCGAGUGGAUGGCUUUCGCAGCAGCAGCGCAUCCCACCUUACCAAACAGCAGCCUCCCCACCCGAAGAGGAGACCUCAGGCACCAUUCACAUUUGCGAAUCAUAUCUUCGACAUGCGGCGCAUAGACUUCACUUGAAGCGGACCGUACGGCCAGAGCUUUUUAGGCCUCGUAGAAGUGUUGGCAGCCUAGAGAGCUCUUCUGCGCUUUUGACAGAGUCUCGCAGCGUUCCUCCGCACCCUGUCAUACUAUUCGACACCAAUGCCACUUGGACCUGUCGUUUUACAGCUGUCGCUAGCUUCAAAACGGUGUACACAAAUCUGCUAGAUAAUGCUUUGAAGUUUGGUGACCCGGCUGGCUGCGUUUGUGUUCACCUGGACAUUGGUGAAGGUUUGGCCAGACUGUCGUUCACCGACACUGGUAAAGGGGUAGCCUCGGACUUCAUUCGUCAUGUUAUGCUCGAUCCGUUUUCGCAAGAAGAUCCUCUCAAUGAAGGGACCGGUCUUGGACUUGCUAAUGUUAAGCAUGCUGUCGCUGAGCUUGGCGGGCGCAUGCUGAUCGAUUCAAAUGAAUCAUGGGGUUCCACCUUCACUGUUACGUUUCCUUCGGACCGCAUAGCAUAUGAUCCAUCGCAAGAGACAUCAGACUUCACCACUACUGACUUCCAUUUCACUGCUCCCGAGUUGCCCAAGCUCGACAUGAGCUUUUCUAUGCCGAGAAGAUGGGAAACAGGAGACAAUGUGCGAGAUCGUCGGUGCGCUGACAUGGUAUUGGACUCGCUCAUGCGAGGUGUAAGCCGGUGGUUUCAGACUAAGGCCACCCUCUGGAAGCCUCCGAGCGCGCUACCUCACUUACUUUUCAUCUUACUGGAGGAUCUAGACCAUGCUCUACAGACCUGCGGUGAUGCAGUCAACCGAGCUCAGGUCAUCGUGCUUUGCCCGGACAUUGAGAAGACCCUGAGCUUGCAGAAAACGUCUCUGCAGAAUGCCACAGCUAUCGUCGGCCCAGUGACCGUUUCGAGCCUCCAGAAUGCGUUGGCGCGCUUGUUCCCUGGGACAGUUCCGCCUUCGGAGACUCAUGCUUCUCUCGACCAGACGUCAAGAAUCCUGAAAGACGGGAAAAACCAGGCAAAGACAAACGGCGUCACCGCGUGGUCGACUAGUACCGGAGUCGAUGACUUGUUGCCUCGAAUGCUAUCCAACUUUCAACUCCGACGGGAAGACCCAGAGAGUGACGGACACGCCUCAGCACAGCAAAGGGUCAUCUCAAAAGCCGAACCGUUAGCGGUGCCGGACGAAGCAUCGUCUGAAGCCUCCAAGACAUUACAAUCAGAUAACAUAGCAAGCACCAGCCAGACUCAGCUGGUAGUCUCGAAGAGAGACAAACACACUGGAUCUAUAUCCAGGGCUUUGCCAGAGCCAAAAAUGCUGCUUGUUGACGAUAAUUCCAUCAACCUCAAGGUGCUUGUCAUGUUGGCACACAAAUGCAGCGCGAUACCCUCAACAUCGGUUGGCGGCGGCCAAGAGGCGAUAGACGCAAUCGAAGAGGCCCUCAAGAACGAUUGCAGUACACGGCAAACCUACGACCUAGUUUUUCUGGACCUCUCCAUGCCGGAAAUAUCUGGAUUCGAUGUCGCGAAGAAGAUACGUGAGAUGGAGGCAUGCUCGAAGGAAAGCCCAAGAACGUAUAUAUGUGCGCUCACCGGUCUUGCUAGCGCAAACGAUCGUAAUAAAGCAUUUGCAGCGGGUGUGGAUGGAUAUCUCGUUAAGCCGGCGAAGCUGAAAGAUCUACAGGCUGUCAUUGGCCAGUGGCGAGAUAGUCUGGCAGAUCAACAGCAGUACGGUUAA